AUGUCACAGCGACUCGGCCUUCCCAGCGCACAGUAUUCGAUGUCCCCAAUAGAUGAACAACAUCAAGAUGCACCUCCACGUCUCUCAUCCCCUUUUGAUCGUUCCGAUGGCGACUCAUCUCGACGGACAGGAGCCAAGAUAAUCGAUGGCAGAGUGAGCAUGGAGCUGGAAGGUAGUACCUUUGCCAAAGGCUCUCGUGAUGGCGAGCGGGCUGCGUCGGGCCACAGCAGGGCACAAAGCUCCAGCAGGUUUCUGCUUGACUCUCUUCCUCGCUCGAAGAGUUCCAGAAUCAGCUCCUCACAUCGCCCGCAGCUAUUGGAACCGCCUACGGAGAAACGAACUGCUCCCGAAGCCGAUAUUGUGGUUCCUAAGAAGAAAUCCCGCUUCCACUGGGCCCGUCACAAGAAAUCUGCUUCAGAGUUGAUCUCAGAGGAGCCGACAUCAAGUCAACUAAGCCCUCAGCAGGCCCCUACACCUCCCCCAGAUGUUCAACCAUCAAGAACAAUAUCGGCAAAUGAGAUACCUAAGACCAGCGAUCCAUUCCAAUCUACAACAGAGGGUCUGGAUAAGGAUUCCAUACAAAUUGUGAAUCUAGCCUUGAAUUUGAAUGAGUCUCGGAAAAGGAAUGCUUCCGGGUUACAGCAUUUAGGUCCUGGUGGGCGAAGGCAGUUGUCUGUUUCUCAGACUCUUGCAGCUCCUAAAGACAUACAUGCAUCAUCAGCUUCGCGCGGGAACGCUACACAGCCAGACUUCUCCUAUCAUACUUACCCGUUCUCUGAUAACGUGGCACGAACGGCGCAAUCUGAUACACAUCCACCGGUGACGAAUUUCCUUCCGGCUGCCAUGGUAAAUGACAACCGAGAUUAUGAGUUUUCUGCCAGCACGAUUGCUCGUGCAGAAAAAGCUCGUCGACAUCUUGAACUAUUCCACGAAUAUCUUCGCCUACUUCCCUUACUACCUCCACUUCGAAAUGCAAAUCGAAACACCUCAGUUGAAAAUGAUAUUCACUCUCACCAUGAUCCACCUUCGGCUCCGACCAGUCGAGAAUAUAAUCCGCUACAGGUAAUUCGUAAUCGAAGACUUCGAUACCGAGAGAAAUGUCCCAUUGAUGCUGAGGCGCAAGGGUGGCAUGAUGUAGACAAAGUCCAUGAAUGGGUCAAUGUCAUCGAGGCAAAAUACAAGGACAAAGGCUACGAAAAUGCGCACUGUAUCAAGCUGCCAUCCUUACAGCAAGCCAACCGUCUUGCAUCCAUUGAUAGUACGGACAUGGUUCCCGACUCUUCUCCGCUGCGCCGUGUUAGUCAUACCAACAGCAUGAAGUCGUCCCGGCCACGUCUUGAUUGGAAAAUAUCACCAGCAGAGCUUCUAGCUGAUGCGGCUUGGCUGGAAGAUCCAGUGAACAAAGCUAAGAUCGUGGACAAGGAUGGAAAUAAACUAUAUCCAGAUCUGAUGGAAUUGGUUUUGAUGGAAACCAACCCUGAUGGACAGAGGAAGGCCUUUUCUCUUGAACUGGAUCGUCCUGUAGAGGAAGGAUUUUCUUCACGACAUACCUCAAUGUCAAGUGCGCAUCCUGCCCUGGCACAAGAGUUCAAGAGCGUUGCCCGAGGGCGGCACAAACAUAGAUUCCAAAGCCAUUCCCAAGGCUUACGGGGUCGUAGCCGUUCAAGCUCUAAGAAACCUUCUCGAUGGGAUAAGGUCAGAAUUCGCACUGGAAGCGUCUCAAGUGAUUCCAGUGAAGAGCGAAUAUCAGAACCGCGCACUAAAUCUUCAACCGCGGCUGCAGUCACAAAACGCAAUAAAACACAUAUCUCUGCAAAGGUUUCGAUAUCUUCUGUCGGCAGUACAGAUGACAGGUAUAACUCAAGACCUUCAUUAGACGCAGUGGAUAGUACCGCCCCCAACUCUCCUGUUCAAGCUCCCGCCGGCUAUUUUCCCAGUAUUGCAGUCAACUUUUCCCCACCUUCCAGUCGUUCUCCUUCACCAGCGAAGAAGGGACUUCGACAAAAGAUUGUCUCGCGUCAUGAACGGAGCAAGAGUAAGCACGGGCAAGAGAUUGAGGAUGAAACUCCGAUCGUGGAGCCUUUACCUCCGCCGGCUACAUCAACUCCUAAACAUUCCGAACGCGCUUCCAAGCUUGAGCCAAGUCCUCUUCCAGACAUUGUGUCCUACGCCGAUGAUCACGGCACAAGCGAGAGCAACCGAAGUGAGCCUGUACGGGGACAAAAGGGGCCCAAUCGAUCAGAGUCUAAGCUACGGGAAAUCCUCAAAGGACCAGGUCGUAUUGCCGAGAUGGUGGGCUAUGAAGUCUCCAAGGUCGGUGAAAUGAUCAUGAAGAAGGACACGGCGCCCGAUUCCAGAAGAUCAUCAUCGACAUCAAGUAUCGACUCAGUCAAUAGCGAUUCUGACGAGGAAAAGCGUCCGGAUAAGCGGUCUGGCGCCAGGGGACUACUACGGCGCCUCCCCACUUUCACAGAAGAACCCAGUCGAAUUGUUCGCCGGGAGACUGAUAGAGGCACUCCAUCUCGAAGCUUCAUUCCCUCUCUAUCUUCCUUCACGCCUUUAAAAAAUGAUGAGAAGGGAAACUCGACUGAUGUGCUGGACUUUGAUGGCCCCAGUAGUGCUGCAUCGCGACGACAUGAUGAGCAUAAUAUUCCAAAACCAAACCUGCCCCGGGCCCGAACUCUUGAUUUCAACACGACUCUGAACACAGGACGUAAUCGCACGCAUCAGCGCCGAAUCAAAGAUCCUAUUGUACCAUUUGGUUUGACACGUCUACCAGUCACUGGUCUUGCCCAGGCCCGAGCAUCCCCAGACUGUUCACUCGACAAAGGACGUCGUCUCUCGGCAGCAAGUCGUUCUUGGAGUAUUUCCGGCCGCAGCCUCAGUACCAAUAAGGAUUCUGGAGUACCUGGCAAGUCAGAAGUCGAACGUACCCACACGCUACUUUUUUCGUCUGGCAUCAAAGGACGAGAGAUCACCAGACGAGCACAUAGCGUCCGAAAUCCCCCUCCACCCUGGCUACAAGUUUCAGUUGGUGCGAUUACAUCGUUCCCCCGAGUGACUCGUAUUAAUGAAUUCGAUCUUGCCGCCCAGAAGCUUCUCCAACGAUUUGAAACGACGCAGUACUCAUUCCAGAAGUCGGUACAUCUUUUCGCCACAGCCACUUCCUCUCCCCUCCGUUCACAACUCAAGGACUUGGAAAUUCUCAUAAACCAGUCCCUUACACCCCGUGUGCGAGCCACGGCCGACACAGCCGAAAAUCUAUGUGUUCAGCUUAAUACAACCAGCACUCUUGCCGUGAAAUCGCUCAGCGAUGCCCUCGAUAAAGGUGUUCGCAAGAGGCGCCGUCGGCUGCGCUGGGUGCGGCGUACUGGCUUUGUGCUCUUGGAAUGGGCUCUUGUCGGUAUGUUGUGGUGGGUUUGGUUGAUCGUCAUGGUCUUCAAGGUCUUCCGCGGUAUUGUCCGAGGAGUUUUCUCUGGAGCUCGGUGGAUUCUCUGGCUCUAG